AGCACUUACCUUUUUCAGACUUCUGGGACUUUGUCAAAUUCUUCUAUUAACUGGGGCCUUACAACCCCCGGGGAAUUGGUCAAAGUAUAUAGUGAGUUUUGAGUUAAUAUCAUUGGAACUAGAAAUUCUUGUGACAAUAUUAUAGCCAACCCUUGAUUUGUGUAGUACAACAAAACUUGCUGUUCACUGACUAUCGCUGCAUCAUACGGAGCGUGCAUAUCUUGAAGUGUAUUCGGUAUUGAGGUUCCCCCUAUCAACAGUGCAGGAUGGCACUUCUCGAUUACCCUAUUCCAGAGCUAGAUGUCACCUUACAAGAGGCAAGCCGUGUGCUCCAGCUCACCCUGAGCCCCGAGCUCUACGCUGAAUUCAAAAACACCCUUAGCCAACAGAGGGAGGUCCUGCAGGAGGCCCAAAACUGCUUGGUGGCUGCCGCCUCUGGCCGAGAGAACUGGGUGACAGAGCAAUUCAAGAGCCAGCUGCUCUCAUGCACUGACCCACUGCCCACCUCGACAGCCAUCCCCGCUGUCCUGUCCCCCUCCAGAGCCAAGAAGGAGUGUGCCCAACUUGAGAGGGCUGCCGCUCUGCUCUGGGCUGUGGCCAAGAUGUAUAGUGAGCCUUUGCUGGUAGAGGGCGAGGGGCAAACUGAGCGCACACAGCAAUCAGAGGUGUUUGCUGCCAGCCGCAUUCCUGGGAAGACCCAAGAUGAGAUUAAAGUAUACCCAGACUGCCUCCAUGCCAUCGUGAUCUGUGCUGGAGAGGUAUUUUCAAUCAACAUACUGCAGCGUCUCAGCCCAGGUGGGCCUAUGUCCCCUUUACCGUUCCCUGACAUCUACAUCCAAAUGGCUCAUGUGAUGAGCCAACAUAGAGCUGCCAAGAACAAUGAGCCCUCUGCCAUCUGCGGCCUCUCUGCCCUGCAGCGGCAAGCCUGGAGUGCAGUGAGGGAGGAGAUCCUUAGAGCAGGUGGGGCAGCGGCCGCCUCACUGGGGUUGAUGGAGAGUGCUGUGGUGGCUCUCUCCCUGGAAGACUGCAAUCCACCAGCUGAUCUGGCAGACACCCUCAACGCUGUCAGACUGGGAGGAGGAGAUGGGCCCUGUCUGAGAUACUAUGACAAGGUGGUGAACCUGGUGGUAUUCAAAGACAGCACAGCAGGGAUGGCGUUCGAGCACAGUGCAGUGGAUGGAAUGGUGGCUGGGUUAGUGGCUGAGACUGUGUGGUAUCUCUCCGAGUCUCUUAAUGUGGACCUAGUCCAGACCAACACAGGAAGCAAUGGGUCAGCCUAUCUUAACAAGGCUGAUUCCUCCUCCCCAAGCCCCCUAGCAUUCCCACUACAGGGUAUAACUAAAACAGACCCCCCAAAGUCCUCCCCUAAAGCAAUUAAUCCCAUAAUCACGUUUGAGGUUCCCUCUUACCCAGAUGUCUUUGCUACCCUCCGGGGUCACAGGGGCCUGUAUGAUGCCUGGAUCAACUUUUCCUUGCAGCUCUCCCUAAGGCAGACUCUUGGGGAAUCUGCUGCCAGCCACAUUCUUGUAACCCCUACCCAUAUGCGUCACUACAAGCAUGGCCGCUGCGAUCAGACAUACUCCAUCACCAUGCAAUCCUGCCAGCUCAUUAGUGCUUUGGAAUCCUGCAUCGGACCAGAUAACAAUCCUCGAUACACGAACGAACUGCUCCGUCUGUUCCAUGUGGCUUUCCUGGAGCACAAGAACCUGAUCAAAGCCACUAAAAGUGGACAAGGUGUGGGCCCUCACCUCGCAGCCCUACGCUGGUCCAUGUCUGCAGACAACCCUCUCAAGAAGUUUCUUGACCCCUUUGGGUGCCCCUCCGUUUACCUUACUGGCAAGGAUUUGAUAGAGGGAGUGGAGCUUGCUGUAGGGAACGUGUACGCUAAAGACCAACUGGCUGUAUCCUACAUGGGGAGGAGAGACCGGGUCCGUAUGGUGCUCAAUGGGAGAGGCACCUUUGCCACAGUGUUGGAGAAGCUUCAAGAUAGCCUGAAAGUAAAUCUGAAGCUGGUGAUGCUUCUCGCUGUCAGAUAUGCUGUAGCCGGACAAAUGGGAGCAAUGGAGUGUCUGCUGCAAGAAGGACAAGUAGGAAGAAGGAAUGGAUCCACCCAAGGGGAAAUUGACAAAAGUAUCAGUCCAGCAGGCCAAAAACAAGGCAAGACAAUGUCCAAGCCAACACUUCCCUCUGAUUCUGCCUCCAACAUGAGUCCAGACUUUACUCUGGUGAUCCAUGGUGGAGCUGGGGAGGAGAUGAUGCUAAAUACAAAGGUGGUAGACGUCAUUGAAUUUGCUCUGCAGACAGCCCUGACCCUCGGAGCACAAGUGCUACAACAAGGAGGCAGUAGUCUUGACGCAGUGCAGCGGAGUGUGCAAGCUCUUGAGGACUGCUUUCUGUUCAACGCCGGGAAGGGAUCAGUUUUCAACAAAGAUGGGAAAAAUGAGAUGGAGGCGACCAUAGUAGAUGGAAAUGGGAUGAACUCUGGGUCGGUGGCUUGUGUGACUAGUGUGAAGAACCCAGUGAAAGCAGCAAGACAGGUCAUGGAGAAGAGUGCACACUCACUCUUAGUAGGGGAAGGCGCAGAAGAGUUUCUGCAAGGCUUAGAAGAGAGUGAGAAGCCUAUGAGGGCGGAGUACUUCCAAACUGAUGUCCGUCGCAGAGAGCUGAUCGCAAAACUCAGCGCUGGCAACGCCUCCAAGAACAACCAUCCACAGACGGUGGGAGCUGUUGCUUUGGAUCGGUGGUGUAGGUUAGCUGCUGCAACGUCCACAGGUGGGUUGGUGGGAAAAUGGAAGGGUCGAGUUGGGGACACAGCAGUAGUGGGAGCAGGUAUAUUUGCUGAUGACAAGCUUGCUGUAACCUGCUCUGGUGAUGGAGAUGUGUUUCUAAGGUACACAGUUGCACAAAAAGUGGCCAGUCUCUACCAUCAUAAAGGCUACAGCCUCAGGGCAGCAUGUCGAGAAGUCAUGUCUGAGAACUUGAAGGGCAGCUGUGCUGGAAUCAUUGCUGUAGACGCCAAAGGCGAUGCUGUUAUUGAAACCAAUGCUGGGGUGUUGUUUGUAGCCUCCAUGGUUGGUGGCAUUGCACGUGUCGAAGUCCUGAGACCCAUGAAGAGUUAUUCCAAUGUGAUCUGGGAGACUGACAAACUAGUUGCUCACCUACACUCACACCCUUGGACACCAGGUGCCACCAUCCUUACCCAAAAGACUCUGAGUGGACCGAGCAGCAUCUUUCAGUUGGCUGUACCAGAUUUCUUAGAACUGUUGCAAGGAGCAAGGGCUGUUUCAAACCUGCUAUGCGAACGACUGGGGGUACAGCGUUGCGCCCUAGUAUUUAACCCACAUCCCGAGACCCAGGCCCAUAUCCGAGUGCUACCACUUCAUGGCCUGGAAACCAACUGGUGCCCCCAUCUGACCGGGGAGGAGGACUUUCAGCCCUAUGACCCAGGUUACUGCAGCUCAAAGAGUGGCCCACGCUGCGAAGACGCAGAUCUGGAUCAGGUUCAGGCCAAGAUUCGGGACAAGCUGCCAACACCUAACGCACCAUUGUGUUAUGACUUCUUAGGAAAUCCCUCCCACAAUGGACUGUUCUGCCGUAUCGUCCGUGGGGAGGAGCAACAUUGGCGGGUGUGGGAGGACAGUGAUCAUGUGGCUUUCCUCACUCCCUACCCUAAUACACCUGGACUCACAGUUCUAGUGCCACGUAAACCACUGUCAAGCAACAUUUUCUGUCUGGAAGAGACUGAUUACACAUCACUGAUCCUGGCCACUCGUAAGGUAGCUGGACUGCUGGAGGAAGGAAUGCAUGCUCGAGGUGUUGCACUCAUCUUUGAGGGCUUUGAGAUUGAUUAUGCCUAUGUCAAGCUGAUACCUCUGGUUCCUCCACGUGGUGACAAGCCUGCUGAGGUGUUCCCAGAGUACUUCCAAAGCUACCCCGGGUAUGUCUCAUCUGUCGAUGGCCCUCCCGCCAGCCCUGAAUCUCUAAAGGAAAUCCACACCAAAAUCACACUUUGCAGGCCUCCUCGUUCCUGGGAGGACCCACAGAGCCACUCCAUGUUAGCCAUCAAGAGCCAGUGGUACCGCAAUCUCUUUCAAAUUCAAAAUACCCUCUUCCACAGCACAGUGGAGUACUUCAACAACACCUGUCAGUACGCGUACGCCCUGACUCCUCUCACCACUGACACAAUCUCCUCUCCGAUGGGCCUGGGAUCAGACUCCGAGCCCGUUUCCGUCAACUUGCUGGGGCAGGAUGUGUACUUGGCUGACUCCAUGCAAUUUGUGCUGGAGUAUUUCUUGCGAUUCCAAGAGAACUUGUCGGGGGCAUACUAUAUAUCGGCAAGUUUUCGGGGAGAAGAUCCAGAUGCCACGCAUCUUAACCAGUUCUACCAUGUUGAGUGUGAGCUCCUGGGCGACAUGGAUACUGCCAUGCACAUAGCUGAGGGAUACUUGGCUCAUCUCACCAAUGCAAUGCUGAAAAAACACUCCAACAUCAUCCUGAACUCUGCUGGGACCCUUUCACAUGUCCAGGACUUACUGGAGAAGUUGGAAGGAGGAACCGCUCUCCCAAGAGUCACUCUGGACAAGGCCAUCCCUAUGAUGCCCUCGCCAGACUGCUUUGAGUGGGUACAGGACGGCCAGCCCCAGUUUGGCAGGAAGUUAACCCGCAAAGGAGAAAAGGUUUUGAUUGAGAAGUACGGAGGUGCUGUUUGGCUGACAGAGAUGGACCACCUGGGAGUGCCUUUCUACCAAGCAUAUGUGGAGGGCUCUGGCAGACGCAAGGCAAAAGCAUCGGACCUCCUCUUGGGAUUGGGAGAGACUCUGGGUCUUGGGGAGCGUCACUCCAACCCCGAGAUGGUGCAAGAAGCCCUCAGACAUCACGUUGUCCCAGAGGAAUCCUACAAGUGGUACAUCAUCAUGCGGCAGGUCAUUCCUCUACUCACCAGUGGGUGGGGCAUGGGCACAGAGCGCUAUUUGUGUUGGCUGCUUCAGCAUAAUGACGUCAGAGACAUACAUAUUAUACCCCGUAUGAAGGCCAGGAAAUACAUGCCUUGACAUAUCCCUAACCCAUUAGUUACUCAAAGACUGAUGAAAAAGUUCCGCUAACUGUCAGCUCUUUCAUUGAACGUCCUAAGGGAUGCAUAGAAAGCGAGACAACAUAUCUAUAAAACUCUGAGUAUAGUAUACUAUAACAUUAGGAACAAGAGAUGAGUUGCAGUUAUGAUAGAGCAGUGAUUGUGUGUUGAAAAUGUGCUGAUCGGUUUUUCUUUAUUUUUACUAUUUUCUACAUUGUAUCUUGUAGUAACCAAAAGUGUUAAACAAAUCAAAAUAUAUUUUUAUAUUUGAGAUUCUUCAAAGUAGCCACCCUUUGCCUUGAUGCCAGCUUUACACACUCUUGGCAUUCUUUCAACCAGCUUCAUGAGGUAUUCACCUGGAAUGGAUUUCAAUAACAGGUGUGCCUUGUUAAAAGUACAUUUGUGGAAUUGCUUUCAUUCUUAAUGCGUUUGAGACAAUCAGUUGUGUUGUGACAGGAUAGGAGUGGUAUACAGAAGAUAGCCCUAUUUGGUAAAAUACCAAGUCCAUAUUAUGGCAAGAACAGCUCAAAUAAGCGAAGAAAAAUGACAUUCCAUCAUUACUUUAAGACAUGAAGGUCAGUCAAUUAGGAACAUUUCAAGAACUUUGAAAGUUUCUUCAAGUGCAGUCGCAAAAACCAUCAAGCGCUAUGAUGAAACUGGCUCUCAUGAGGACCGCCACAGGAAAUUAAGACCCAGAGUUUGUCACUCCCUGAUCUGUUUCACCUGUUUCUGUGUCUCAACCCCCUCUAGGUGUCACUUAUUUUCUCCAGUAUAUUUAUCCCUGUAUUUCCUGUCUCUUCGUCUUGUAUGUUAGUCAAGUCAACCAGCAUGUUUUUCUUGCCUGCCCUUCAGUACCUUUUGGACUCUGAACUGGUUUUGACCCUUUUGCCUGUCCACGACCAUUCUCUUGCCUUACAAUAUUAUUUAAUCCAAUAGGGUAAGACUCCAACCAUCUGCCUACUGUGUCUGCAUCUGGGUCUCGCCUUGUAUCAUGAUAGUUACCUCUGCUGCAGAGGACAAGUUCAUUAGAGUUACCAGCCUCAAAUGUCAUCCCAGAUAAAUGCUUCAGUGUUCAAGUAACAGACACAUCUCAACAUCAACUGUUCAGAAGAGAAUGUGUGAAUCAGGCCUUCAUGGUUGAAUUGCUGCAAAGAAACUACUAAAGGACACCAAUAAUAAGAAGAGACUUGCUUGGGCCAAGAAACAAGAGCACUGGACAUUUGAUCGGUGGAAAUCUGUCCUUGGUCUGAUGAGUACAAAUUUGAGAUUUUUGGUUCCAAUCACCGUGCUUUGUGAGUCGCAUAGUUGGUGAGCGAAUGAUCUCUGCAUGUGUGGUUCCCACCGUGAAGCAUAGAGGAGGAGGUGUGGGGGUGCAUUGCUGCUAACACUGUCAGUGAUGUAUUUAGAAUUCAAGGCACACUUAACCAGCAUGGCUAUCACAGCAUUAUGCAGCGAUACACCAUCCCAUCUGGUUUGCGCUUAGUGGGACGAUCAUUUGUUUUUCAACAGGACAAUGACCCAACACACCUCCAGGCUGUGUAAGGGCUAUUUGACCAAGAAGGAGAGUGAUGGAAUGCUGCAUCAGAUGACCUGGCCUCAACAAUCACCUGACCUCAACCCAAUUGAGAUGGUUUGGGAUCAGUUGGACUGCAGAGUGAAGGAAAAGCAGCCAACAAGUGCUCAGCACAUGUGGCAACUCCUUCAAGAUUGUUUAGAAAAGCAUUCCAGGUGAAGCUGGUUGAGAGAAUGCCAAAAGUGUGCAAAGCGGUCAUCAAGGCAAAAAUAUAUUUUGAUUUGUUUAACACUUUUUUGGUUAUUACAUAGUUUGUCAUCACUAUUAUUCUACGAUGUAGAAAAUAGUAAAAAUAAAAACCCUUGAAUGAGUAGGUAUGUGGAAACCUUUGACUGGUACUGUAUAGACAAGCCAAUUGUACCAAAUAAUGUUUUUUCCAAAGCAAGAUUUUGUUACAUGUAGAAACAGCGGUCUGUUUGUAAUUCUGUAAAGUAUGUCUGUAAAUCCUUCUAUGUAAAACCCUUAAUCAUUCUCUGUACUUGUUACAAAAUAUCUGGUUAAAUGAGGAAUAACUUGGUUCAAUUCACACAAAAGAAUUACCGUUAAACAGGCAUGUCAACUGUCUAAACAAGUGAGAGAAGAUAUUUGUUAACAUAACACAUUGGUCAAGGUGGACACUUCCCUGCCCUAUUUAACGGAACGGAUGUUUUGCGUAUGAUUAUAAAAACACUUGAGAAUACCAUACUUGUGUGAAUUUUCAAAUAUUGAUUAUUAUGAGGUGAAUUGUUGCGUUUGUUUUAUUUGUAUGAUCCUUUCAAUUGUUUCCUCUAUUACCAAGGCCUCUUAUAAACGCUGUCUUCGUCAGCCAUCAAACAAUGUAAAUCUCUUGUACUUUGUGGUAUUUUUAACAUUCAAAUUAAAUUGUUGCUGGGUCA